GUGAGGAUCGUGACGUGGUGAUUGGUCGCUGAGCUGCACCUCGGAAUUUAUCAACUUAGCUCAAACUCCUUCGUGACCAGGUCUCCGGGUUCGACCCACGGACACGACUCGCUUGACGUGGACUGAAGAGAACAUUGCCUUGUUUCUGGUUCUUGACUCAAACAGGUGUUUCCUGCGGGAUUGUGUCUGAUCGGAUCAUCAGGGGCUUGUGAGUGUGUGUGGUUGUGUGUUUGUGUGAGAGAGAGAGGAAGAGGGACGGCGGCAGCAUGAAGCUCUACAGCCUCAGCAUCAUCUACAAGGGAUCCAGCAAGUCCAACCUCCUGAAGGCGGCCUACGACCUGUCCUCCUUCAGCUUCUUCCAGCGAUCCAGUAUUCAGGAGUUCAUGACCUUCACCAGUGCCUUGAUCGUUGAGCGAACAUCACAAGGAAGUCGUGCCUCUGUCAAAGAACAAGAGUACCUGUGCCAUGUGUAUGUGAGAAACGACAACCUGGGUGCCGUGGUCAUCGCAGAUACUGAAUACCCACAGAGAGUCUGCUUCACAUUGCUGGAAAAAGUACUCGAGGAAUUCUCCAGGACAGUGGACAGUAUAGACUGGCCCUCUGGUAACCCUGGAACCAUAACCUAUGCAGCCCUAGAUAGUCACCUCUCUAAAUACCAGAACCCCAGGGAAGCAGAUGCAAUGACCAAAGUGCAGGCCGAGCUGGAUGAAACAAAGAUCAUUUUGCACAACACCAUGGAAAGUCUGUUGGAUAGAGGAGAGAAGCUGGACGAUCUUGUUCAAAAGUCGGAACACCUGGGAAACCAGUCCAAAGCCUUUUACAAGACUGCACGGAAACAGAACUCCUGCUGUGAAAUCAUGUGAUGUCGCUGCCUCGUCCUCGUGGACACACUCGUCUCUUGCCUUUCUGCUUUUCCUACAUCUCCCAUCAUGCACUGGUCACCACCUCUCAACAACCACAACGGACAGAACUGACGCUGUCUGGCGCGAGGAUGUCAGCAAGAAAGGGUGGACGGUGUUGGCCAGUGAUGAAGUGUGACGAAUCUGGAUUGUGACUGAUGGGGGCUGAAGGAGUGAUGGGAUUUGGUCAGGGGAACACGUAACCUUUGAAUUAUUUUUAACCUCUCAAAUGGUAAUCAUCCGUACGCUGUUUCGAUACCAGCUGGGGACAUAAUAGUGUGACGUUGUGUAUUGGUGAUGUUUUACCUUCAAACCAUUCAAUGUUAUUCAGAUUGAAUCAAAUCUCAAAAGUUUGAUCUCAGAUCUUAAUUUGGUUUGAUAUUAACCACAGUUGUGCUUUUGCUUCAAGGCAUCUCUGACAAUCCCACAGUCUUAACUUGUGAAUUCAUACAGUGUGUCACUGCUUAGGUUCAAUUCUUCAAAACUAUUAACUGAUUCUUUUGCAGGCUUAACCUCUGCGCCCACUAGGUGGCCCUGUUUAUAUACUUUAUCGCUCCAAUGAGCCUCUGUUGAGGUCAAACAAAAAACUCUAAUGUCAGCGAGAGACUGCUUAGACGUGUGAAAUCAGAAUCUCACAGAAUUUUACAUAGAUUUUUAAAUCUCUUUAUGAUACUGGAUUAAGUUACAUGGUUUCUUUGAUUAUUUUUUUUCUGAAUCUCAUGGUGUUAAAUGAAAUCUUAAACAUUCCCACUCUGGAUGAUUGAGUUAUUGUGUGAUGAUGCAUCUUAAAAAUGACGAGAAGUUGGAGAUUAGAUGUUCAAUGUAGAAAUAUGUUUCUCCAGAGAUGCAGCCUUAUUGCAGUGUGGCUUAACAUGUGACUCUCCUGUCCUGUGUAAGAAUCCUCACCUACAAUGAGCAGGACUUGUGAGCUGUUCUCUUCGUCUCUGUGUACCGUAGCUGCGCUCUUUGCUGUGGAAGCAACACAUGACACUUUUUGCAGGAUUUAGUUCUUUUGCCCACUCAGACCGCUGCAGUCCACGGCUCGUCUGUACCUCAGGUGCUGUUGCACUUCCCUUCCUGUUGUGUGCUGUCAUCUCAAAAUGAGUGAUUCCAUAUAACACUUUUAUUUGAAGACACUCCACGGUUGACUCUUCGUUCCUGUGCUUGCGUUGUGUCCGGCUGGUUAGAAACGUCUUUCUUCGUGAUCUGCUGAUCGGUUUCAAAUGACGACAUGCCUUUUGGUUCUGUAUUUUAAGACGCGUCUGCUCUCUCUCUGCUGUAUGUGAGUAUGAUUUGCGGAUAUACAACAUCCUCAGGCUGCAUUGAUGUUGAGUGCCUGUGUGUGUGUGUUUGUGUGAGAUCAGAAUUGGCUCUUUCGGCUUUUACAGUGUAAACGUUUGUGCAAUAUCUCUGCAGACUGUUGGUGUCUCUCUCUGAAGCAGGGGGAAUAAAUGGAAAUAUUUCCCAUAAAUGACAGUAAAUUUGACCUUUUGUAUUUGCUAUAUAUUAUGACUAACUCAUAUGUGAGGCUUGUCCAGGGUUCUUUCUGAGAUAUUUGUCUGAUUUCUUCUUUUCAAAAAACAAAUCCCAAUUCAUGCGCUGAAUUUGAAGUCUGUGGAGUUGUAUUAUGGCUUUUUGCAGGUGAGGUCUUACCGACCAGUGUGUUAAACGGUCUGCAUUAAACGUUUUCCUCCA